AUAUUCUUUCAGGACCAUUUUGCUAUUGUCCCGGAGAUUUUCUCCUUUUCCACUAAAAUUCAAGAAGGCUAAAACAAGAGGAAGAAACGUGAGUUCCAAAUCACAAAUUUGCUGUAUUCUAUUCUUAAAUGAAAUCCCUUAAAUUUCUCCUUCUAAUUUGUCUGUUUGCCGCGCAGCCUCUCCACUCUUUUUCUCCGUUAACCCCCCAAAUCAAAAUCAACUUUGUUAGGGUUUCCAUUUUUUUAUUAAUUAAUCAAUUUAUCUAACCCGAUUUCUUUUUUUUUUGAAAUCUUUGUGCUGCGAGAUCAUCAUAAGUUCGUUGGCUUAAUCUACUCUUUUACUUAUCAUUUUAUUUUUCUGAGACGUAUUUUUUUGGGGGGAAAGCUGGAAUGUGAAAAGCUUCGUUAUGUUAAAGAAGCAAAGCAGCGGUGUUCGUUUCUUGUUCAAUCAAAUCUCUAGUUUUAACCGUGACGGAAAAGUUCAGUUCAUGGCGAUUUUAGCACGUAACGAUUUGUUUUCGAAGCAACUCCACACGUUGCCGAACGACCAACGCCGUUGCUUCCAGUUGCUCAGCAAAUUUGAUUCCCUUGAAAAUCACAAUGUCGGCGGUGGUUUCAAGUUUAACAGACCCGCCGCUGGCUUCAAUUUGACCCUUAAAAGUUGUUUCCAGGAUUCGCCUGGAACCUGGGAUCAGAAGGCACGCGCCUUUGCUCCCCAGUUGGCGCGUCAUUUAGAAAUUAUUAGCCAUAAUGAACCACCCAAAAUGGCGAAAUCGACGACUGAUACUGGUGGCGCGUGUCAAAGAGGGAAGCCUCUUGACUUUAAUGACAAACCUUUGCCUGAAAAGAUUGCGGUUGCAGUCGAUGUCGACGAAGUACUAGGAAACUUUGUGUCGGCUUUGAACAGAUUUAUAGCGGAUCGUUAUUCGUUGAAUCAUUCAGUUUCAGAGUACCAUGUUUACGAGUUUUUCAAGAUAUGGAACUGUUCUCGUGAUGAAGCUGAUAUCCGUGUCCAUGAGUUCUUCAAGACACCAUAUUUCAAGAAAGGUAUCCACCCUAUCCCAGGUGCUCAGGCGGCACUUCAUAAGUUAUCAAGACUUUGUAACCUGUCAGUUGUAACGUCUCGGCAGAAUGUGAUUAAGGAGCAUACAAUUGAGUGGUUAGAGAAGCACUUUCCUGGACUUUUUCAGGAGAUUCACUUUGGCAACCAUUUUGCUCUUGAUGGGGAGUCUAGACCUAAGUCAGAAAUAUGUCGGCUGUUAGGAGCCAAGAUUCUGAUUGAUGAUAACCCAAGAUAUGCUGUUGAGUGUGCUCAAGUUGGAAUCAGAGUUCUGCUUUUUGAUUAUGAGAACUCAUAUCCUUGGUCUAAAACAGAGUCAAUUGAUCAACAUCCUUUGGUGACUAGAGUACAUAAUUGGGAAGAAGUGGAGCAACAAAUAGUGUCUUGGAUUCUUAGUUCUUCUGCUCUGUAAGAUGGACUCUAUAGAGACUCCCACUUGAUAUACCUUAAACAUUUGAUAGUGCCGAAAAAUUCAGGCUUAUUAUUGAUUUGGAUGAAUCUACUACAAGGAGACCAGCCAAAUUAGGGUCAUGGGGUCUGCAUUGACUUUGCGGACAAAGCUGGAAAAAAUAUGGAUGAAAUAAUGCUUUUCAUUUUUUGCAUCUUGAUUUGCACGAUGCAGGAAAAGCAGUUGUCAAAUCGGUAAAACAUCAAUGUAAUUAGAAGUUCAUUA